AUGGCCAACGUCCUUGGCAUCGGCGCGCCGCGCUCGGCGCAUGUGCCGCUGCGCGAUGGGAUGCUUGCGUACUUGCGCGAAGCAUACCCCGAUAUCCACGCUGAUCUCUUUGAGCAGGACAUUGAGGCGUGGGAGAGCGCGCGCGACGCGUGCCUCGCGCUGCCCGUAGCCGCCUCGAGCAUCGCUUCUUGGAGUCGGUACGCGACGCAGCUCGCGUUCAUGCUCAGCGUGCUCGACCGCAACGCCGGCGCAAAAGACGCCGAGCAUACCGCGCUGGGCGUCGCCUUUCCGUGGGCCUCGGGCGUCGAAGGCGGCAGGGCCGUCGCGUACACCUCGCUGGCGGUGGAGCGCGCGUGUGUCGUGCAGAGCAUCGCGGCGCAGUACGCGCUCCUGGGCUGCGGCGAAUCACGGAACGAUAAGGAGAGUAUCAAGCGCGCGACCGCCUACUUUCAGCAGGCCGCCGGCGUCUUGGCGCUGCUCGAGACGCUCGCGGGCGCCGACGUGCAGCAGGCGCAGCCGCCGGUCGAGCUUACGACCGGCGCGGUGCGCGCGCUGCGCUAUCUGAUGCUCGCACAAGCCCAAGAGUGUUUCUGGCAGAAAGCUGCACAAGACGGGCUCAAGGACACGACGAUCGCCAAGCUCGCCAAAUCGGUGUCGGACCUGUACGAAUCGAGCGCAGGGGCGGCGAAUGCAUCGGCUCUCCCAGCGGGCUGGAAGAACCAUAUUUUGUUUAAGCACUAUCACUUUGCGGCUGCUGCGCAGUACCGCAAGAGCAACGACGACCUCGCAGAGAAGCGCUACGGCGACGAGCUCGGGCGCCUGUUGCUCGCCGCGUCGUACGUCCGCCGUGCGCUCGCACUGCCGACGCGCACGCUUCCGCUUCCGGCGCUCGCCGAGGAUUUGCAGGGCCUCCAGGCGAUUGUCGAUACGAAUCUCGCACGCGCCGAGCGCGACAACCAGCUCAUCUACCUCGAGCCGACCACGAGCGAGGCCAACCUGCCUUUGAUCGGCGCGGCGCUCAUGGCAAAAGAGGCGCCGUCAGACCUCCAGGCGCCGCUCGCGUCGAUUGGCCGGCCCGAGCACGAGCUGUGGUUCUACCGGCUGAUUACCUACGGCAUCGACGUCGCGGAGCGGCUGUACGCCGACCGCAAGCGGCACUUUAUUGCGUCGACCAUCGAGCCGAUUCUCGUCCGCCUCGACACGAGCGCCGCCGAGACGCGCAGCGCGCUCGACCUGCCCGGCCUGCUCGACCGCAUCGAGUCGCCGCGGCGCAUGCCCGCGGCGUGGGCGACGUACACCUCGACCCUGCAAAAGACAGGGGGCUACGCGGCGCUCACACGCAAGAGCGAGAGCGUGCAGCACACCGCGGCGUUGUGCCACGACCUCGUCGCGGAAGUCGACGGGAUCCUCGGGCGCGCCCGGCCCAAUCUCCCAGAAGCGAGUGUCGUGCGGCAGCACGAGCUCCAGACGCUCUGGCGGCAGUACCGGCGCACGCUCAGCGAGGCGGCAUCCAGCGACGCGACCGUGCGCGAAAAAAUGGCGUCGGUGCGGCCGGCGCUCGACGCGCUGCAGCGCGGCGGCGCGGCGCUCGCCGAUCUGCUUACGCCGCAGUCGGCGGCACUCGAGCGUGCGCGCCGCGACCUUGCGCCCGAGCUGCGGGCGCUGCGUGCGAACCUCGAGCAGGUCGACGACGGUGCGGCGCAGCGGCGCACGCUCCUGCUGCAGCUUCGCACUGCCUGCGACAGCGACGCGAUCCGCACGCGCCUCGUCGACGCGGCGCGCGAGCGGCACCUCGGCGAUGUCGCACAGACCCACACGGUGGACCCCGCGGCGCUCCAAGACGUGCUAGAGGCCGGCAUGGACAAGUACACGCCGUACCACGCGCGUGCCGACGCGCUUGCGGCCGAGCAGGCAGCGCAGCUCCGCGGCCUGCGCGAAAAGACGGAGCGGCUCUUGACCCACGGCGCGCUCGCCGCGGCGCUCGACGCGCAGGACGCGGCGCAUGCGCGCGUCGACGACGCAUACGACGAGUACGCAACGUUGCUCCAGCACCUCGACGAAGGCGCGGGGUUCUACGAGCGCCUCUUUGGCCUCCUGCGCACCUUUCGCGCCGAAGUCCACGACUGGCUCGAAGGCGUCAGCGGCCGUGCGCCGCAGUGGGGCGCAUUUCCGGGGGGCGACAUUCAGUUUCGUGACACAUAG